AGGGCCUGCUCGGAGGAAGUGCUCGGGUCUCAUAGAGCGGGGUGGUGGCGCCCGUGGUCGCCAUGGCCACAGAGCCCGCGGCCGCCGAACUGACAGUUCCGUCGCUCGUGGAUCGUUACUUCACUCGCUGGUACAAAGCCGAUGUCAAAGGCAAACCCUGUGAGGACCACUGUAUACUACAGCACUCCAACCGAAUAUGUGUCAUCACAUUGGCAGAAUCUCAUCCAGUUCUUCAAAGUGGAAAAACAAUUAAAAACAUCUCCUAUCAAAUCAGUACCAACUGUAGCAGACUUCAGAACAAGGUCUCUGGGAAAUUUAAGCGGGGGGCACAGUUUCUAACAGAGCUUGCACCUCUGUGUAAGAUUUACUGCUCAGAUGGAGAAGAAUAUACUGUAUCUAGCUGUGUUAGAGGACGGUUGAUGGAAGUGAAUGAAAACAUUCUCCAUAAGCCAUCUAUUCUUCAAGAGAAGCCAUCCACUGAAGGCUACAUUGCAGUUGUGUUGCCCAAAUUUGAAGAAAGUAAAAGCAUAACAGAAGGCUUACUGACACAGAAACAGUAUGAGGAAAUAGUGAUGAAGCGCAUGACCGCCGCAACAGCUACAUCAUGAGGACUGAGAUGGGUAAUGAGUACCACGGCGUGCUUACCCUCCCCACCCUACGCCUUCUGUGCACUAAAGAAGAACCAGCACGUGUGACGCAUGCUUCACACCUAGCCAUCCGCAGAGAGGCCUGAUCUUCAAACUUAACCCAGUUCCCCCUCUUCAUCUUGCAUAACAAGCUUUGGUUCCCAUUUUGUCCUCAGCCUCCCAGAUCUGCCCUGCCCAUGUACCCACUCUGUUCUUUUACCUAACAACUGGCAAACAAAGGAUGUUUUUCUGAUUAAAAACAAGGAAAAUUUGGACAAGGAAAAUUUGACAAGCACUUUGAGGAAAAUUUGGACAAGACAGAUAAGUUUUAAGUAGCAAAGUAAAAAUAAUUUACCCAUCAUCCUGUAACCCACUGGUAAAUACUACAUUUUGACAUGCUUCGGUUUGAAUGUUAUGGCAUGGUUAUUGUUUUUGCCUCAAUUUUCCCUCAGUUUGAAGUUAAAAAAAAAAAAAAAUCAGGCCUUUUUUACCCAAUCUGCUUUCGAGUGACACUACCAAAAAGGCUGGUGCCACCUCUUCAGCCCCAACUCUUCUCCCUUUAGGUCAUAGGGGAGAGGCAGGGUAUACUUGGCCACUCCUUAUGUGGCUCAGAUGGCCUUCCUCUCUGAAACAAAGUCCAGUGUAACACUGUGGCUUCUUAAAUGAGGGAUAUAGGAAAAGGCUUUGAAAACUACAAAGGGCUUUCCCAACAUAGAAGUAUUCUAAUGCAGCAUAAAGCUGCUUAUUGCAAUACGUAGUUUUGUCGCUCCGUCUCACACUCUAGCUAUGUGGGGUAGCGAGCCAAGAAGUUACUGAGAAGUUGCCGUAAUCCAGAACACAGAUGUCUUUGAAUGGAACAAAAACUUUCUCAUCAUCUAAACUGAAAAGGGAACUGAUUUAUGAUUUAAGAUUGUCUACUCAUUUACACUGAAUUUCAAAUAAAGGGACUUUUUAAAUUGUCAUUUUUUUUAUGUAAAACUAUUUUGUAAAUAAAAUCUAAAAGUUAUUUUUGAUUCACAAGAAAAACUUUUAACUUGAGUGCCGCAUGACAGUCCCUUAAAUAUACUCACCAGACAUGAUACAGGUAAUAACUCUACAAACACCUACAAUGACGGUGCUAUGAACUGGAAAUGUAAGCAUAAACCAGCAGAUCCCCAUUUUGUGUAGCAUAAUGAUUCCUGAAGACAUCAGAAAACAAAGAUACUAAAGAUAGUAAAAGAAAUAUAUAUUUUACAUGUAACAUUACUUCAUUGUUCUCCCAUUAUUUCUAAUGUAAUUUUAAGGAAUAUUUUGGUUUCAAGGAAUAAAAAUCAUGCUUGAUAAUCUUUAUAAAAGAAAUAUAAAGGUCGUUAAGCCAAGUGUAUCCCAUUUUCUCCUGAAGGCUUAUGGUAAGUUCAAGUUUCUUUCAAUAAAAUAUUGACUAGCUAA